AUGGCAGGAACUCAAUGGCUUCAUAGCCGGGUUGAAGUCAAUGGGUAUGAAGAAUAUAGUGGAACUGAGUACCGAUCUGCUGGAUGUACUGAGGAGUAUGCUGUCAUUGAGCAGGAUCUUGAACAGGCCGGAGAAGUGGAAUCCCUUAAGUUAGAAGGUGACAUUGGUGGUGGAGUAGUUCUUGCACGGCAGAUAUAUUUUGCAAAAGAUGAUCCAAAGAUAUUCCGGAUUGACUCGAGCAUUCUAGCCCGCAAAGUUGGUGCGGGUUCUGGAGGAUUUUCGAGGCUUGUUUGCUUGCGAGUGCACCCAAUGUUUAGUCUGUUGCAUCCAACUGAAUCGUAUGUAUCAUUUAUCUCCUUAAGCGGAUUUAAGCAUGAAAUUUGGCCAGAUUCCAGUGAGCUAUUUUAUGAAGGUGAUCUUCGGCCAAAUGGUGAAUGGAUUCUUGUCAAUAAAUGUCUUGGCUUGGGUUUGGUCAACCGUUUCGACAUUAAUCAGGUUCACAAGUGUCUCAUACACUGGGGAACAGGGACGGUCAAUUUAGAGCUUUGGUCUGAGCAAAGGCCUGUUUCGAAGCAGUCACCUCUUAAAAUUUCUCACGAAUAUGAGGUGCGAGCUAUCCAGUAGCUUUUUGUUCUCUGCUAGACAAAGAAACUUUAUCCAAAUAAGGUACAGGUUCUCAACUAGGAUUACUACCAGCCAAACGGGACCUAAAAUGUAGCGGCACAAUUCAGCUGUCACCUGCCCAAGUAUGCACUCUCUCCAUUGUUAUUGUACUUUCGUUUCUGUAUCUGCUAUACUACAUAAAACCUAUUGGAUUCGAGGAAGCCCUUUUUUUCUACUGGUACUACACUGUUGCUUUACAAAGGAGGCAUUCUUGUAGAUUUUUCCCCUUUUGUUUACAGUUAGGCAGAUGGGUACCAAGAACUAAAGCUCUCUCAACUCUCAUAGUGUUCAAAAAAUAAAGAAUAAAUACAAAAUCGAAACCUCGGGAGAAAACAUGAUGACAUCCUUAAAAACAUCCUAGGGAAGUAAUAGGUUUUCAGGGUGGAGUGUAUAAAUCUGCAACUUGUCCAUGUGAUCAAGUAUGUUUCUUAGGUUUUGCUGUAUUCCAAU